GUCAGCGUAACGGAGGUAAGAGAACGUCAAACAACUCUUUGGUCAAAAGAAAGAAGCGCGCACCAUGGAGGUGAUUCCCUACAAGCCACAGCUGGUACUUUCGUGAAACUUUUGGAAAGAUUUCCGGAUUUUCCCCUCUUUACUACAUUAGUUAUUCAGAUUAAUACGCAUCCUGAGAGGCGCGGUUCCCCGCUGGCUGCUACUAGCUUGUGUGGCUGAAUUUAUUUCCAGUUGAGAGGAGUUUACACGUUGAGGAAAACGCGGCAGAAUGUUUCACGAAGAAACCACCACGCUACAGAAGCCACAUUAUGGAACCAUCGAGGAUGACGAGCGACUGUCGGCAGAGGAGAUGGAUGAGAGGAGGCGACAGAACAUCGCUUACGAGUACCUGUGUCACCUGGAGGAGGCCAAACGGUGGAUGGAGGCCUGCUUGGAGGAGAACUUGCCCCCCACCACAGAGCUGGAGGAAGGUCUUAGAAACGGUGUUUAUCUUGGAAAACUUGCCAUUUUUUUUGCCCCGAAACUGGUGUCUCAAAAACGGAUAUAUGACAGAGAUCAGGCUCGUUACAAGAGCAAAGGUUUACAUUUCAGACACACCGACAACACAGUUCAGUGGCUCCGAGCAAUGGAGUCAGUGGGCCUCCCUAAGAUAUUUUAUCCAGAAACCACUGAUGUAUACGACCGCAAAAACAUGCCCAAGGUGGUGUACUGCAUCCAUGCACUGAGCUUGUACUUGUAUAAACUUGGAAUUGCACCUCAGAUCCAGGACCUGCUGGGGAAAGUGAACUUCACAGAGGAGGAGAUAAGUAAUAUGAGAAGUGAACUGGAAAAAUAUGGUAUUCAAAUGCCAGCUUUCAGUAAAAUCGGAGGUAUCCUGGCCAAUGAACUGUCGGUGGAUGAAGCUGCUUUACAUGCUGCUGUGAUUGCCAUCAAUGAAGCCAUUGAAAAAGGUCAGACAUCCAUAACAAUGACUGCAUUAAGUAAUCCUAAUGCGAUGCUCAGGAAUGCCCAGGAAGCUCUGGCUCCAGGAUACCAAGAUACUCUGAGCCAGGCUAAGGCUCGUAAACGGGAUCAGUCCUCGGGGAGGCGGUCCUCAGUUGCAACAGAAGAAAGAGAUGUUUAUGAGGAGCUACUGACUCAACAGGAAAUCCAAAGCAGCAUUGAUAUAGUCAACGUCCAGACAGCAGUAAGACAGCUGAACAAAGCAGUGUUGGACCAAGAUGAAGCUGCCCUGCUGUCUGCUCUCAGACUUGAAGCUCUGGCUUUGUUUGGUGUCCAAGAGAAGAACUGUCGUUUGUACCUGGAACACUUUACCGCCUUCAGCCAACAGAAAUCAAAGGAUGGAGCGAGGUCUGUGCCAAUGGGCAAAGAGGAGAUUCAGAGAAUCAUCAGCUCUUGCAACGACGUUGCCGAGGCCGAGAAAAGAAAACAUGAAGCUGUAGCACGGAUCAAUGCUGCCAUUCGUCUUGGUAUUGCCGUGGAGACGGUGGAGGAGCUGAUGAAGCUUGAGGCACUACUACCAAUCGUUUACCAAACCGCUGCCAACCUUUACCAGGCCGAGCUUUUCAGUUUACAGCUGCAAGGAGGACGGUCUGGACUGAGUCACGAGGAACUCAGUGUCGCCGUGGAGAUGCUGUCCGCUGUUGUGGUGCUGAACGAGGUGCUGGACACAAAGGACCUGCAGGCUGUGAUUGAGCAGCUGACUGAUUCCCCUCUGGGAUUUACCAACAUAGACCACGACAACCUCAACAGGUAUGCUGACAUGCUCAUCAAAGAGCGAGCCGAGACUCUCACCAAGGGCCAGGAGUUCCUCUCGUGGAACGAUGUUCAGAAAUGCAUCGACACCAUUAACAUUCAGGUCCACGAGGAACACGAACGCAUCAUCGCCAUAGCUGAGAUCAAUGAGGCACUUAACUCAGGAGAUCACCAGCAGACACUUGCAGCCCUGCUGCUACCUACAGCCAAGCUGACGGGAGUGAACCCAACCACAGCCAAACACUACCACGAUGUCCUGCAGUACACAAAAUGGCUUCUCUGCCAGAACUCUGGUGAUGAAUCGGCGGUGCUGUGGCUCGACCAAAUCCAGGAGGCCAUAAUAACAGCCAAUCAGGAUGAAGAAGAGGCUCUCACAAUGGCUGGGUCUGUAGCUCACAUUAACACAAAAGUGACUGAAGGGGACUCCCAGAACACCUUGCUGGCUUUGCAGACUCCCAGUGCAGGACUCAGAGCCGUGCAUCCCGAGUGUGCAGACAGCUACCAAUACGAACUGGCACAGAGACAAACCAGUAAAGCUACUGAAGGCAGCAGUGAUGGUUUGUGGGUUAAACACUGCAUCAAGGACAGAUAUGACUAUUAUUAUAACCUGGAGACUGAUCAGGGCUCCUGGGACGAACCUGAAGGAUUUGAACAUAAAGCAGACCAGCUCAGCAAGGAUGAGAUCCAGAAUGUAGUCAACAGUGUGACAGCAGAAUAUAACAGGGAGCAGCUCUGGAUAGCAAACGAGUCCUACAUCGUCCAGCUGCAGGCGAGGAUGAGAGGUUACCUGGUCAGAAAGAAGCACGCAGCGAGGAUGGAGUAUCUCCGUCAGCAAGAACCUCAUGUAGUCAAACUGCAGGCUUGCUGGAGAGGUUACAAAAUGAGGAAAAUCUACAUAAGCAGGAUGAGUUUGCUUCAGAAAAAUGUUGAAACUGUCAUCAAGCUCCAGUCUCUGGUAAAAAUGUGGAAAGCAAAACGAAAAUACAACCAGAGGCUUCGGUUCUUCAGAGAGCACGAGAAGGAAAUAGUGAAAAUCCAGGCUUUCCUGAAGGCAAACAAAGCCAGAGACGACUACAGAACCUUAACCGGAGCUCUAGAUCCUCCUCUGUCGGUGGUGCGCAAGUUUGUCCACCUGUUGGAGCAGAGCCCCUUGGAUCUGCAGGAAGAACAGGAAGUGACACGUCUCAGGGAGGAAGUGGUCACAAAGAUUCGCUCCAAUCAGCAGAUGGAGAAAGACUUGAAUCUGAUGGACAUUAAGAUUGGGCUUCUGGUGAAGAACAGGAUCACGCUGCAGGAUGUUGUGUCACAUAGUAAGAAAAUGAAAAGCAAGAAAAACAAAGCCAGUAAAGAUGAUCCGAGUCCAGGAGGUGGACUGGGUAUAAAAGGUCUCAGUAAGGUUAAAAGAAGAAAACUGGAAGCCUACCAGCAUCUUUUUUACCUGUUACAGACAAACCCAUCCUACCUGGCUAAGCUGAUCUUUCAGAUGCCUCAGAACAAAUCCACAAAGUUUAUGGACACUGUGAUCUUCACGUUGUACAACUACGCCUCCAACCAAAGGGAAGAGUACCUGCUUCUAAAACUGUUCAAGACUGCUCUAGAAGAGGAGAUCAACUCUAAGGUAGAUCAGAUCCAGGACAUCGUGACGGGCAACCCCACCGUUAUCAAGAUGGUGGUGAGCUUUAACAGAGGGGCACGCGGCCACAACACGCUCAGACAGCUGUUGGCUCCAGUGGUCAAGGAGAUCAUCGAAGACAAGAGCUUGGGCAUCAACACCAACCCUGUGGACGUGUACAAAGCCUGGGUUAACCAGCUGGAGACGGCCACCGGAGAGGCUAGCAAGCUGCCCUAUGAGGUGACUCCUGAACAGGCCAUGUCUCACGAGGAAGUGCGCAGCAGGCUGCAGGCGUCCAGUCUCACUCUUCGCUCGGCCACAGAUAAAGUCCUAAACUCCAUUGUGUCCUCGCUGGACAAUAUCCCUUAUGGCAUGAGGUACAUAGCAAAGGUUCUGAAGAACAGCCUCCAUGAAAAGUUUCCAGAAGCCUCAGAAGAUGAGCUGCUGAAGAUUGUAGGAAACUUGCUGUACUACCGCUACAUGAACCCAGCCAUUGUGGCUCCAGAUGGCUUUGACAUCAUCGACAUGUCAGCGGGAGGGCAGCUUCACCAAGAUCAACGCCGCAACCUGGGAUCUGUGGCCAAGAUGCUUCAGCACGCUGCCGCUAAUAAGCUGUUUGAGGGCGAGAAUGCACACAUGACACCGAUGAACACUUAUAUAUCUCAGACGUAUGAAAAGUUCAGGCUAUUCUUCCAGUCUGCCUGUGAUGUCCCUGAACCAGAGGAGAAGUUUAAUGUUGAUGAAUACUCCGACAUGGUGACCCUGAGCAAACCCAUCAUCUACAUCUCUAUAGAAGAGAUCAUCAACACUCACUCGCUGCUUUUGGAGCAUCUGGAGGCCAUCUCACCGGACCGCAACGAUUUGCUGCAUGAGCUGCUGCAGGACCUGGGAGACGUUCCUGAUGUUGAGACUUUACUUGGUGAAGGAGCCGUGGACUCUAAUGACCCAAACAGAGAGAGCACUCUGAGCCAACUGGCUAAGACCGAGGUCUCCCUCACCCUCACCAGCAAGUUUGAGCUGCUGGAGGGAGACGACAAAGACCUGAAGACUCUAAUGACAAAGACUAAAAAGCUGGUUGUUGAUGUGAUCCGUAUUCAACCUGGGGAGACAUUGCCUGAGAUUCUAGAGACACCAGCCACCUCGCUACAGGAGUCGGAGCACAAGAAGAUUGUGGAGCGACGGGCGGUCCAGGAUGCUCAGACACCAGAGGAAAUGAAAAGCAGCCCCUGCGUUUUAGAGGACAGCCAGCUGCCUCUGGAGCAGAAGAAGAGGAGAAUCCAGAGGAAUCUCCGUAAUCUGGAGCAGGCUGGCCUCGUCAGUGCGACCAACAACUACCAGGACCUCAUAAAAGAUAUAGCAAAGGACAUUCGGUACCAAAGACGCCACAGGCAGAGAAGAAAGGCUGAGUUCAUGAAGCUGCAGCAGACGCUGACGGCGCUCAACUCCAAAGCUUCCUUCUUCCAGGAACAGAUGAACUACUACGACACCUACAUCAAGACCUGCCUGGACAACCUCAACAGGAAGAAUUCACGCAGAUCCAUAAAACUAGAUGGCAAAGGAGAAGAAAAAGGCAGCAAGAAGUGGAAGCCACAGUCUCUGAAGUACACUGCAGCUCGGCUGUAUGAGAAGGGGGUUGUCCUGGAGAUAGAAGGUCUUCAGACAAACCAGUUUAAAAAUGUUAUGUUUGACAUUUCGCCCACUGAGGAAGUUGGAGAUUUUGAGGUGAAGGCCAAGUUUAUGGGGGUUGAGAUGGAAAAAGUCCAGCUUCAUUUCCAGGACCUCCUACAGCUGCAGUACGAAGGCGUGGCCGUCAUGAAGAUGUUCGACAAAGCCAAAGUUAACGUUAAUCUACUCAUCUUUCUUCUGAACAAGAAGUUUUAUGGGAAAUAAACGAAGAAGAGAAAGCAGGAAUUCCUCCUUAUGAUGGGAACAAAUUAUUUAGAAUUGUCUUAUUUCAUCAGAUUUAAUUUAAUGGAUCACACCUGAAUAAAACGUUCUGAUUUUCUAUGUGCUGAUUGUAAAUGAAAUUUACUUUUACAAAUAAAAUUGUUACAAUAUUUAUGUUUUGUAUGCAAAACUUAUGAGGAAACAGCAGCGCGGAGCUGGAAAACGGCGUUCCAUCUGACAUGCGCAUACAGGAUUACUACAGUCUACCGGUGCCUUUUAAACAUUUAAAUGUUUUAAUUCAAUGUCAGAACUACUCUAUGAAUUUUUAAUACGUGGCUAUUAAUAAUUGUGUCCUAAUGCAGGUAAAUGAUGUGCCGAAUAAAGUUACUCCUGUCCAGAA